CGAGCCAUGAGGAGCGGGGGGCGGCUGCCGGCGCUGGCGCCGGUGCUGGCGGCGCUGCUGGGGCUGUGCAGCGCCGAGCGCAGGGCGCUGGUGCUGCCGCGGCGCCUGGGCGCGCCCGGCGCCCGAGAGCGCUUCCGCCUGGAGGCCUUCGGGGAGCGCCUGACGCUGGAGCUGGAGCCCGACAGCAGCUUCCUGGCCCCGGACUUCACCCUGCAGUACCUGGGCGGGCCGCCGCCGCCGCCCGAGGACGACCUCUCCCGCUGCUUCUACUCCGGCACCGUGAACCGGGACCCCGGCUCGGCGGCCGCGCUCAGCCUGUGCGCGGGGCUGCGCGGCGCCUUCUCGCUGCGGGGCCGCCAGUUCCUGAUCCAGCCGGCGCCCGGCACCGCGCACCGCCACGGCCCGCACCUCCUGCGCCUCCGCGGCGCCCCGCGGGCCGCCCCCGCCGCCCGCUGCGCCGUGGCCGAGGCGGGCGCCGGGCCGGAGGGGCCGCAGCCCGCCCAGCCCGCAGAAACGGGAAGCAGGAGGAAGAAGAGGUUCGUGUCCAGCCCCCGCUACGUGGAGACCAUGCUGGUGGCCGACCAGUCGAUGGCUGAGUUCCACGGCAGCGGGCUGAAGCACUACCUGCUGACCCUGCUCUCCGUGGCCGCCAAGCUGUACAAGCACCCCAGCAUCCGCAACUCCAUCAGCCUCGUGGUGGUGAAGAUCAUGGUCAUUUACGAGGAGCGCAAGGGCCCCGAUAUCUCCUCCAACGCCGCCCUGACCCUGAGGAACUUCUGCAGCUGGCAGAAGCAGCACAACCCGCCCAGCGACCGGCACGCCGAGCACUACGACACGGCCAUCCUCUUCACCAGGCAGGACCUGUGCGGUGCCAAGACAUGUGAUACUCUUGGGAUGGCUGAUGUGGGAACAGUUUGUGAUCUAAACCGCAGUUGCUCUAUCAUAGAAGACGAUGGUUUGCAGGCUGCCUUCACAACAGCCCACGAAUUAGGCCACGUGUUUAACAUGCCUCACGACGAUGCAAAGCAGUGUGCUGGCAUCAAUGGAAUGAGCCGGGAUUUCCACAUGAUGGCAUCCAUGCUCUCCAACCUGGACCGCAGCCAGCCCUGGUCUCCAUGCAGCGCCUACAUGAUUACAACAUUUUUGGAUAACGGUCACGGGGAGUGUUUGCUGGACAAGCCCCACAGGCCCAUCCAGCUGCCGUCGGACCUGCCUGGCACGCUGUACGACGCCAACAGGCAGUGCCAGUUCACGUUUGGGGACGAGUCCAGGCACUGCCCUGACGCAGCCAGUACCUGCACGACGCUGUGGUGCACGGGCACCUCGGGAGGGCUCCUGGUGUGCCAGACCAAGCACUUCCCCUGGGCGGACGGCACCAGCUGCGGGGAGGGCAGGUGGUGCAUGAACGGCAAGUGCGUGAAUAAGACCGAGAAGAAGCAUUAUGAUACGCCGGUGCAUGGGAGCUGGGGGUCCUGGGGGGCGUGGGGCGAGUGCUCCCGGAGCUGCGGCGGGGGAGUGCAGUAUUCCUUCAGGGAAUGUGACAACCCCAUCCCGAGGAACGGGGGCAAGUACUGCGAGGGGAAGCGGGUGCAGUACAGGUCCUGCAACAUCGAGGACUGCCCCGACAACAACGGCAAAACGUUCAGGGAGGAGCAGUGUGAAAAGCACAACGAGUUUUCCAAGUCUGCCUUUGGAAGUGGACCUGCCGUGGAGUGGACACCCAAGUUUGCUGGUGUGUCUCCAAAGGACAGAUGCAAGCUGGUUUGCAGAGCCAAAGGGACAGGAUACUUCUUUGUUCUCCAGCCAAAGGUGGUGGACGGCACCCCGUGCAGCCCCGACUCCACGUCCGUGUGCGUGCAGGGCCAGUGCGUCAAGGCCGGCUGCGACCGCACCAUCGGCUCCAGCAAGAAGUUCGACAAAUGCGGCAUCUGCGGGGGCAACGGCUCCACCUGCAAGAAGGUGUCCGGCACCCUCGUCAGAGCCAAGCCUGGCUACCACGACGUGGUCACCAUCCCGGCAGGGGCCACCAACAUCGAGGUGAAGCAGCGGAACCACCGGGGCGCUCGGCACGACGGCAGCUUCCUGGCCAUCAAAGCCGCCGACGGCUCCUACGUGCUCAACGGCGACUACACGCUGUCCACGCUGGAGCAGGACAUCACCUACAAGGGCAGCGUGCUGCGCUACAGCGGCUCCUCGGCCGCCCUGGAGCGCAUCCGCAGCUUCAGCCCGCUGAAGGAGCCCCUCACCAUCCAGGUGCUGACCGUGGGCGACCUGCCGCAGCCCAAGAUCAAGUUCACCUACUUCGUGCAGAAGCCGGCGCAGCCCGGCGCGGACAAGGCGGCGGGCAGGAGGAAGGAGUCCUUCAACGCCAUCAGGGAGAUCAUCUCCUCGGAGUGGGUGAUCGAGGAGUGGGGCGAGUGCUCCAAGUCGUGCGGCUCGGGCUGGCAGCGGCGCGCCGUGGAGUGCCGGGACCCGCGGGGCCGGCCGGCCGCCGACUGCGCCCGCGAGCUGAAGCCCAGCAACCUGCGGCCCUGCGCCGACGUGCCCUGCCCGCAGUGGCAGCUCGGGGACUGGUCCCCCUGCUCCAAGACGUGUGGGAAGGGCUUCAAGAAGAGGCUGCUGAGGUGCGUCUCUUCCGACGGCAGCGUGCUGCCCCAAGAAAGCUGUGAGCCCUCCAAGAAACCCAAGCACCUGAUAGACUUCUGCAACGCCGCGGACUGCAGCUAGAUAGGACAGCUUGGGAAAGCUAAAACUUUUUUAUAUUAAUAUUUUAUUUUUUCCUUCAGACCAGUGCACUGAAAAACACAAAGGAGGGCUAGAGCCAGCGCCUGUGUUUUUGCGUAAAAAAGAUCCGUGGAGGUGGGACAGUGCAAACGGCUUGAGUUGGCUUUGCAUCCCCAAAAUCCCCUGCCAAGUGAAAAUUGGAUGGGACAGCAGACCCAUGCCAUUCAUUUCUCUUUAGCAGAUAAGGCCCAAAGGCAUCAGAAUUGCCUUUUUAAAAGUCUGUUCUAAAUUAAGCCAAGCGUGAGCAGUGAGAAAUUUCAGCAAACAUUUUGGGGUGUGGUUAUUUCUCUCCCUUCUUUUGGAUUUAUCUUGUGGUACUGAUCAAAUCCCCAUGUGUAGGAAGGGGAGGGAAAAAGCUUAAAAUAAUUGGUCAGGGCUUACCUACCUCACAAAGGGCAAAAAACAAGAUUGGAAAAGGAGCUUUAACUAUGUCAUUCAUGGCUGCUAUUGUUUCAGAGAAUAGUUUUAUAUAAAAAUAAAGCCAUAUUCUCUACCUGUCAAGAGUAAGAAAUAUCAAGAACAAAUACCAACUCCACAAAUCACUAGAACUUUUUUUUAAAGUUACCUUUAUGUCAUCCCAAUGUGCCUGUCCAUUUCUCUCAGCCACUCCAGUGCCAUUGUGGUGACAUGUGUGAUCCAGAGGCCUGGAAAAGUGGAAAUCUGAGUCUAAGUAGCUGCUCUUUGUGCCUUCUGCAUACCUUCCACUGGCUUUUCUGAUUCCAGGUUGGUCCCACCUUCCUGCCAAACAGAUUCAUGGAGUGUGUGAGCAUUCCAGUCGUGCUUUCACACUCAAACCUUUGGCCUUACCCCAGCCAAAUUUGAGUUAAAAAGGAAAAAAAAUCCCAUUAUGAAUGGGAAUGUCCUCUGUGGCCUCUGCUGGGUUUGUAGAGCUCAGUCACUGAUCAGGUGGGAAGGCAAAGCUGAGGGAUAGCAGGUCCAUCCACAGCAAAACGCCAGCAUUCACAUCAUUGAAGAUUGUGCCAGUCCAUAGACCAUGAGAGAAUAUGGCUUUCCAUAUGUAUAUAGUAAAAUAUAUUACUAUAGAUUUUAUAUACUUCAUAAGUAUUUUAUAUUUCUCUCCCUUCUGGGAAGGGUUAUAAUUUGUAAUAAAUGCAUAUAAUGAGCGUAUUUAUUUUUAUACUUCUUGUCUAAUGUGAUCUUCUAAGUUAUCACUUUUUUAAAAGGACAUAUAACAAGGAUAGAGUAUUUAUACAGUAUAAUAUGUUACUAGAGGUAAUAAAUGAACCCUAUAAAUUUUGGAAA